AAGUCCCACGACUAGUGGACGUCACGUGUCAUAGGACAGUCCAAUCAAGUGUCUACCUGCCGCUUGGCCUUUUGGGAAGGGUGGAGGACACAAAGGUGGGAGGGUGAGCGCUCCGCUGACGUAAGGCCCCAGCCCCUGCACGCCUGUCUGGUCUGAUGGCCGGCUGCUCGGGCUCCUGAACACACUUCUGCCCGCUCUCCUCCGACCUAUUGCGGAGUGCCGCCGACCAUGCCUGCGGGAGUGCCCUGGACCAGCUACGUGAAGAUGAUGGCAGCCAGCCUCCUGGCCAUGUUCGCAGGGGCUGAAGUGGUGCACAGGUACUACCGGCCAGACCUGACAAUACCUGAAAUUCCACCAAAGCCUGGAGAACUCAAAACAGAGCUUUUGGGACUGAAAGAGAGAGAACCCAAACCUCAAACUUCUCAACAGUAGAAACCUCAAAAUACAACUAUGCCAAGAACUCUGUGAAUAAUAAGUCUUCAGUGUAUAUUUUUGGAGUUUAUGGAGUCAGACCGCUUGUCCUCACACACCCGAUACAACUCGAACUGCGGGAGGAGGUGUGCAGUCGAUAGUAACUGAUGCGUUGAGAUUUAUUUAUGAUUUCACCAGUGUCUCUUGAAAACUGCCAAAGCUUAUAUCAUCAGCUUCUUAAUGUGGUUUGAUAGAUAUUUAGUUGUCACUGUCAUGUGAGAUAGAGUAUUUGCAAUGAUUCCUGCUCUUACAAUUCUUUUUUUUUUUUUUUUUUUUUUGACAUAUGCACUCCCAUGUUUAUUGCAGUGUUAUCCAAGGGACAAAAACAACCCCAACCCCCCAUUAGCAGAUGAAUGGGUGAGAAAGAUGUAGAACAUAUAUACAAUGAAUGUAUCCAGCCAUGAGAAAGGGGGAUAUCCUGCCAUUGACCGCAACACGGAUAGGCUUUGAGCACGGUAUACUAAGUGAGAUGAACCAAACAAAAAGAAAAGUAUUGUUGUGAUAUCACUUAUAUAUGGAACCUAAAAACAUCAAACCUGUGAAAUUCAAAGCAGCAGAGAGUAAAAUGGUGGUUAGCAGGGCAUGGGGAGGGGGUAUAGGAGUGAUGGUGUUUAAGGGUGCGGCUUAUAACAAGUAGUAAAAGAGCUGUAGAACUAUAAUGCACAGUGUGAUGACGCUAGCCCAGCAGGGUUGAACCCUGUGCCGCAGGAGUUUUUAGAACAUGUGGUACCUGACUGUUUAGUCAGGGGCACUGACCUCUUUUCCCUUAGAUUGUCAAAUAAAAAAAAUGACAACAACCCACAUAACAGUAACUGUCUGCUAUGAAUGAAUCAAAACUAUACUUAUCUUUCUUUUGUCAGAUCGGCAAAAAAUGUAUUUUUUUAGUGUGCUGCAGAAUUUUAAUACAUAGUUUAUAUGUGCCAUGAGAUGAAAAAGGUUGAAAAUUACUGAUCUAGACAGUGAUAUUAUAUUUUAACUAGGUAAUAUGAUAAAUAUUGUUACAACAGCAACCAUCUACAAUAUAUAAGUGUAUCAAAGUAACACAUUGAACACCUGAAGCUUACAUAAUGUAACAUGUCAAAUUUAUUUAAUAAAAAAAAUUCAGACUACUAAUGGUCACGCUGCUAUAUGAUUUGCGGUCACUGUUGAUUUUGACUGUUAGCUCCUAGAGAAAGUGUUCACUACAGGAACCUUGCGUAGAGCUCUCUUGAUAUAAGGCUUAAGAGGAAAUACUAGUUCCAUAAGAGAAUCUCUCUGCCUCUACGCAAGAUUAACCCGGUGUUCCUGGACCUGAACUUGGAAAAGACCCUGAUGAAUGACCUCCAGAAACAUGCCCUCAUGUCCCACAGGUCCUAAAAAUUUACUAACUGCUCACCAUCACAUUGGGUCUUUUAUGAAAUUAGUUCAAAAUUAAAUUACAACAAUCCUAACACACCUUCACACAGCCAUGUGGUAUGUGAUUCAAUAGUACACAUAGACUUCAAUAAGAAUUCUCUUGAAAUUGAAAUACUCAUAUAAUUGUACAACUUUACAAAGAAAAGUAACAGGCAAAUGACUUAGAGCCAGAAAUUCUUAAGUAUCUUAGGAUCUACCAAUUUUAAUAUCUACUAAAUAGGGCAAGGUGAAGUGGGUAGCUAAAUUGUCUCUUAGUUUCUCUUUCCUUCCUUAGUAGCUGAAUCAAUGGGUAUCUUAAUAUAAACAACGUUAUGUUCAGUCAGUAAAGGUUAAUUGUUUCACGGACUACAAAUGAAGCCAUUCAUCUCUGUCCUGGUUGUAAAUACACAAAAGACAUCACCAUAUUUACAUUUUAAUUCACUAGCAUCUUAGGGAACAUAUUUCACUAAAAA